AGGAGUUAGCACAACAUUGGGACGUCUUCUUUGCAUCCUUCAGUUUUAAGUCUUCUGCAGAGGUAUGAAAGUGAAUUUUGUCUCUCUUUUUUUUUGCCUUCAGCGGGAUAUCUGUCCUGCACACCAAGAGAUCUGACAAAAAGGAUAAAAAGCUGAUGCCUGAGGCCUGGUGACAUUUACAAACAGUCACGCUUUCACACAGUAAAUGGAAUUAUUGUAUUUUUUUCCCUUUUUUGUAUUCUUUCCAAACGUCACAUGGUGAGAAACAUACUUUCAUUCCAACACUGUUGACAGAAAAAGAUAUGAGGGAGUGGAAUUUUUUUCAUUAUCAUAAUGUCAGGACUGGCUUUUUGUCCCAGAAGAAAUGAAAAAGAAAAUAAACGUAUCCACGGGAAUGACAAUAAGGACACAGAUUGUUUGCAGGAGCUGUCCGAGUGUCCUGCUUGUAAAAGACCCAAUAAUGUUACCCUGAUCCUGCCAUGCUCUCAUACCAUGUGUGUGCACUGUUUGUCUGCCCAAGAGGCCAAGCGGUCUGGUCGGUCCCCCCGACAUGAUUUGAGCUGCUCUGUGUUGUGUCCACUGUGUGGCUACCAUGUGGAGCUGCCCUGCGAGACGUGGUCGUCUGCUUUGCCCUGUCUCCCGCGAUAUCCCACCCUGAAGUUCGCACGUGCCAGCCAGGAUGAGAUUGGCAGACGGGAGAUGGCUUCUGAACCACAUCAACUGCAAGGGGAGACCUACUCUCUGGUUGCAAAUGAAGACACAGCGCAAUGUUCCAGUGCUUGCAGUUUCACUAUACCACCAGCUGAGAGCAAUGUGGAUCUACAGGAGGAGGAGAUAGAGAGGUCUGUUUUUGGUUUGCGCUUUGCUUUGGACCCAUUAACUGCCCCCACCUCCCUCCACCUUUCCAACUCCUUGCUCAUUGUCACUUACCGAGGAAUAAGCCCUACUUGUCCACUUCCAAAUGUCAGGAGGUUGAUGACGACCUCUGACCUUGGCGUUACGCAGGACCUCCCUCAGGUUUGCGCUGAUGUCAUCAUUGCUCAGGGCCAAUAUUACUGGGAGGUAGAUGUCUACAACAGCUCCAUCUAUAAAAUUGGUGUGAGCUCACUGCACAAUUCUAAAGGCUGGUGGCUGGAAAGACAUGGUUUCUCGUUUUGCGCUGUUUACGAUGGUUGCAGGGAGCCGCUUGUAACAGUCCCUCCUCAGAUCAAAACUCUCGGACUCUUCCUUAACUUUGGAGGGGGGACUCUUAGCUUCUACAACCUCGUGACCCAAGAGCACCUCGUCACCCUGCCUACGUGCUUCAAUGCCUCGGGAGUGCUUCCUACUCUGGGCCUCGGCCAGGGCUGGCUACGGUUGCGUUGCGGCCUCCCGCCUCCCCCCUAUGUGUUCCUCAGUAAAAACUCAACCUACAGACACCCUUGUGGGUCCAGUAGAGGUCGAUGGCAAAAGGAUAUCAUCUUCCGAUCAGUGGGUAAAGUGAUUCAGAAGUUUGAGGAGAUGUCUGCAGCAAACUCCAGUUCGAUGCCUGGUUUUGGAUCACACUGCUCCUGUGGACAUCGGGGGACAAAUCCCUAUGGGCUUGGGGAACAGGAAACCGGGCCUAAAUAAGACAAUCCUUCUCUACAAUGGAAACAUCCACUGACUGACAGACUCUCAAAUCCCCAGAAAGGUUUGAUCUAUGGCUGCAAUUUGAAAGGCAAAUGUUCCAUCUUGAAGGACCUGCGGAUCCCUCCUUCCAUUCUCGGUGUGACCCCCGCUGAUCGGGGCUUGGGCUGGAAUGAGUCCUAUAUUGUAAAGUGUGAGAAAUGGGUGGGCUUCUAACAGCGGGACGCCUUGAUUUGUCUCAGUGUGACGGUUGUCAGACGGUAGGGGUCCUCACACUAUAUCAGCACGUCCUCGUAUACUUGGGUAUGAGCACUAAAACCAUAAGUGCGGGCUUUUGCCAAGCUGCGGGAAUAAGGUAUAAUCAGCAGGGGGCGAGAUAGUGAGGUGCGAGUACAGUAACACCGGUGGCGUUGACUUAGAGCAGCAGAGACAGGUGGUACCACAUGUUUGCCCCAUGCUCUGCCUUUCGAUAGGACAGUGGGGCUGCCCUUUUUUGACCCUUUGAAAACCACAGGGCUCCCGAAAACUUCAAAAGGGACAGCAGAGAGCAAGCGAACCGGGAGUGGGGGAAAGAGAAAACAGCAUGCAUGAAUUAAAGACAGCAGGUGACGGUAAAAAGGAGUGAGCUGAAGGAGCUUUCAAGCCAAGAAUCCCUGAAUAGAUCAAAUGUCUUCUGAGGCCGAGAAUUGAUUUAAAACCAGCACUGUGCCACAUAAGCCACCGUCUACUUUUGUACAUUUGUAAUUGUCUUGUGAUUUUCUUUCUGUCUGCAUUAUUUUAAUCUCAGGCUUAUUUUGUUGCCACAUUUCACAGGUUCAAGUGUUUUGUUCAAAAUAAU